CUCCGCUUAUAUUCUUUACCCCGUUCUUUCGUUCUUUUUCGCCCACCGGCGGUUUUCUCAACAUCGUCUGCUUCUCGUCUUCGAUCUCUUACCUCUAGAAGGCCAGAUCCGGACACCUCCAGGUCGGCCGGUGCAUGUUAUUCCAGCGGUGGAGGGGUCACUAGAUCCCAUGGCGGCGGCGGCGGGUGCGCGCGAGAAGUCCCCGUCCUCCAACCCGCUCGACAACUUCUCCUUCCCGAUCUUGAAGAGAUGGGGAAACCAGCGGAUGCUCCGCUGCGCCAACGUCAACCGCAAGGGUGAGAUUAUCGGAGGCGAUCGGGGGCCUUCGCUUCCGGCUGCGGCCAGCGAACGAAGAGCUCUUCCAGCCGGAGCGCGGAUCCGGGUGCCGGAGGAGGAGUCGGAGGGCGGCGACGACGGAGGGCUGGAGGAGCUGAGGGCGAAACUGAUGGGCCAUCUCCGCGAGGCGGCGGACUGGAUAAAGAUCGGGGUGACGCGGCCUCUCUUGGGAGGAAAGGCGGAGGGGGACGUGCUCGUACAGGCGCCAGCUAGGGCGAUGGAGGCGGGGUUGGCACCGGAACUGGAACCCUCGUCGUCUGCGGCGGAGGCAGCGAGACCGUGGAAUCUAAGGACGAGGAGGGCCGCAUGCAAGGACUCAAUCGGGACCGGAGGGCGGCAACCAGGGUGUAGCCCUGCUCCGCCGGCGGCAGCGGCGGAGAGAAGUGGUCGGGAGAGGAUGGUCCGGCUGAGAUCGGAGAGCGCGGGGAAGAGGGAGCGGCCCAAGUUCUCGGUCGCGCUCACGCCGGAGGAGAUCGAGGAGGACAUCUACGCGGUGACGGGAUCCAGGCCUCGCCGGCGGCCCAAGAAGAGGCCUAGGAUCGUACAGAAGCAGUUGGAUUCGCUCUUCCCGGGACUGUGGCUAUCUGAGAUCACCGCCGACAUGUACAAGGUUCCUGAUGAUUAGCCCCAAGGACGGUGGCGCGGUUAUGUACACCUCCGGUUAGGAAACCCCCUCCCCCGCCCACUUCAUCCUCUCAAAUGCGGUCAUGUUAUGUUCACCUCCGGUUAGCAAAUAACAAACCCCCUCCUCUCCCAGUCCUCUCUCAACGUGGAAACUGUGGAUUAUAUCUAGCCUACGCUAGUUCUUUACUUCUUUCUCUCUCUUGGGUUCAUUGUGAUGGAUGUAUUUGAUUUGGUACGUUGGUGUUAGCUCAGAGACUGAACAAUAUCUAUAUAGUGUGAUGUUCCUUCAUAUUGCGUUUGAAUUAAACAAUAUUACGUGAGUUUGGAUGUGGAAUUA